AAUACUCACCAAACGAUGGGAUUAGGACUGGAGUUAUGAGAGAAGAACACUGUUGGAACUUCGAAAUCACACCUCGGGACAUACAGGAUAUUAUACAAGCUCAUGCUUUCACAAGAACGUUUUAUAAUAAUAUUCGGCCACUGUUACCACCUUGGAUACAAUUUAGAGAAACGGGAAACGCAGUAAUAGGCAUUAAUGAUCUGAGAACUGAAAUACAAACAGCCGGAGAAAUUAAUUCUGGAAUUUGCAAGGGUGCACCAUUGAUUGCAAACAGAGUUUACACUGUGCUACAUUUAGGCCACGGGUUUUCUGUUGACAUCUAUGGUCAAGAUAUUUCACUUCCUAAUCCUCUGGCUAACCGCAAGUAUUGUUUUAUAGCAGAUAUAUGCCAAAACGGUGGAAGUACAAUGUUCAUUGUUUUACCCGAAGCAUCGAGAGAUAUUUUUGAAAAUGUCAGCAUAUUUACCGCAUUAAAUCAAACAUUGGGAUUAGAGAUACGUCCGAUCGGGAUAGGAAUAUCAUUAGAUAAAACCAUGCCCGUAAACUGGGAAACUAAUGUCGACUUUUGGAGAGGUGGUGACGAGUUGUUUACCUACCCGAUACAACGAUCCGCCAAUUUCUGGUUAGCAGGGGAAGCUUUAGUUCAAUUUGGAUUAUUAAAAGCAAAAAGCAAGGCAAACGUGUAUCUGGCUGUACCAAGUCCUGCAAGUAUUCUUCAAAGUAUAUUCUUGAAUGAGUGGAACUUUUGGGCGCAGCUGACCGCGUCGUCCACUUUGAACUUCGACUUGACAAUAUUUGGAGACCCUUUACAAAUCGAACUUUCUGGUGAUGUCAGCAUCUAUGGAUCGUUGGGAGGUUCAAAACUGUCCCAUUGUGAUCGAUUUGAAUUUGCUCAAAAUAUCUUGAAGAAUGAGAGAGCUAUUCGAAUCAUUGGAGUUGUGGGCUAUCCGGAAAAGUAUUAA